AUGAUCUAUAUGUAUGAUUGUCAAACUGCCGCUUUUCAUUUCAGAACAGAAGACUUGGACAGUCUCAUAAUGGCGGACUGGCUCGGCAUUUCAGCCAUCUUCUUCUUCUAUAUUGUCAUCUUAGUGGUGGGUAUUUGGGCAGGGAAGAAGGCGGACAAAAGCAAAACCAAGUAUGGAGAACAAGUCGCUGAAAUCAUGUUGGCAGGUAGAAACAUCGGGUCGGUUGUUGGCAUCUUCACCAUGACUGGUAAGUAUGAAAUACUAUACAUUUUGACGUUUUUGAAAGAGUAUGUUACCUUUUGUCAUGGUUUGUUAUUUUGGUUACAACCUAAUUUCCAGCGACCUGGGUGGGUGGUGCCUAUAUUAAUGGUACAGCUGAAGCUCUCUACAAGAACGGGAUUCUCGGCUGCCAAGCCCCAAUUGGCUACGCUUUGUCGCUGAUCUGUGGCGGAGUAUUAUUUGCUAGAACGAUGAGAGAGAAGGGGUAUAUCACGAUGUUGGACCCGUUCCAACAAAAGUAUGGUCAGAGGGUUGGUGGUCUCAUGUUCAUACCUGCCCUGUUCGGCGAGAUCUUCUGGUCGGCUGCCAUCCUCAGUGCUCUGGGUAAGAAAAAGGGAUCAAUACUUGUUUGUAAAAAUCAGUUGAAGAUAUGAUUUGUUCCGUUAAUGUGGUGUUACAUUACACUUUUGUAAAAUGUUGAAAAGUAAUGUCAAAGUAUGAAGUUAACUUUAAACCUUAAAAAAUGUUUUUUAAGGAUCUACACUGGCUGUUAUACUGAACAUGGACAUUACUGCAUCAGUAGUGAUAUCAGCAUUCAUUGCUGUCGCUUACACGCUCUUCGGCGGCUUGUAUGCCGUAGCCUACACUGAUGUUGUUCAGCUUUUUUGUAUAUUUAUUGGAUUGGUGAGUUUUACUACGGCUUAGACAUGUUUUUCUUUCAUCUCCUGUAUUAUUUUUGACCCAAAUUUCUUAAUAUCAUAUGAUUACUACUCUUUUCAAACAUAUUAUUGUAGUGGCUCUCCAUCCCAGCAGCAUUUGCCCAAGACAAGACCACAAGUAUAAUAUCGAAUCCCUCGAAAUGGAUCGGAGACCUUGGCCCCACGUUACCAGAAAAACUACUUUGGUGGGACAACAUGUUACUUACCAUCUUUGGUGGUAUACCAUGGCAAGUCUAUUUCCAAAGAGUACUAUCGUCCAAGACCUCGCGUGGUGCACAGUUACUGUCAUAUGCAGCUGGAGUAGGUUGCAUUGUAAUGGCAGUACCACCAGCUAUCAUUGGUGCUAUCGCUCGUAACACCGACUGGUCGUUGACUGACUACAGACCCUACAACAAUGCUACAAGAGUGUCGCAGAUACCAUCGGAACAGAGCAGUAUGGUGGUACCACUGGUACUACAAUAUCUGACUCCAAAAUGGGCCACCUUCAUCGGUCUUGGAGCAGUCUCGGCCGCUGUUAUGUCAUCGGCUGACUCGUCUGUGCUCUCCGCCGCCUCCAUGUUCUCUCACAACAUCUGGAAGCUGACGAUUCAUCCGAUGGCUUCAGAAUCAGAAGUCAUCCUACUGAUGAGGUUCGCCAUCAUCAUGGUCGGUAUCUUGGCCACGAUCAUGGCGUUGACUAUUCACUCCGUCUAUGCUUUGUGGUAUCUCUGCGCCGACUUGGUAUACGUGAUAUUGUUUCCUCAAUUACUGUGCGUCGUAUACUUUGAGAAGUCAAAUACAUAUGGGUGUUUACUUGGCUACGGAGGUAAGGUGGACGAAGUAUAUAAAAGUGCAGUAACAAAACCAAAAAUGACAUACGAUUUUGUUUUAGUGGGUAUGAUACUACGACUAACAGGUGGAGAACCCUUACUCCACCUCCCAGCCCUAGUGCACUACCCGUACUAUGACAUCAAGUUCAAUAUCCAGUACUUCCCUUUCAAGACCCUGGCUAUGCUGGUAUCUCUGAUCGUAUCUAUGUCAUGUUCCUUGAUCACCAACUUCUUACUCAAAAACAAGAUUCUGGAUGAGAAGUUUGACGUUCUACAGUGUGUGGUGAACGUGGAGAUGAACGCAGACAGACGGAAGAGUGAAAGUAGUAACAUCAAUGGCACUGUCUUCGACCUCAACUACCGGUCGGGUAGUCUGCCCAUGUAA